AUGAUUAAAUGCCACUCUACCUCUAUGAUGGCCCCUAUCAAAUGAUCAUAUUCGCCAGUCGCUGAUCUCUGAUUUCCCUACUCGGGGCCCCGAUCGUGAGAUCAAUAUUCCUGCACACACGCAUACACACUCGCCGCUUUUAACGCGCGUGGGCGUAGCUAGCUGGGGUUGGAGCACACACGUAUAUCGCUCUCCAACUCACGGAGAUGAGAAAAUUAGAGUGAAAAAAUCGCCUGGAUAUAUAUGUUGCCGAAACGUGUUUCUGUUUUUGCAGGAUUCCAACAUACGGCAUAUCUGUGAAAUCUGCUGCUGCUUUUCCAAGAUUUCUAGACAAGAUAGGAUCAUGUAAUUCUGCCUGAAUUGGUGACUUUAUAAGAAAUUCAAGCGCCCGCAGAUUUGUAUUAUUGCACUGGAUGGACUUUUCAUAGGGAAACUUGCCUUCAUACCCAAGACCUCGUUAUCGCUUCACCUGCCACAAAAUUGGAAGGAUACACAGGUUGUGAUGUCAAAGAUGAAUCGAUAGAUAAGUGUGUGCCUCAACCCAAGGGACCAGCCCUCUUAUAAGCUGCUGGACAUGGAUAAUCUCCCCUUGACAUGAUCCUGAAAUAAUGAGAAGCUGUCAACAGAUGUCGCUAUGGCGUACCAGUGGCAAAAACUAAGUCCAGCUCAAUUCCACCAGCUUCAGGAAUACACCUCGUAUUCUUCCCGUAAACUGAAGGAUGUGCUGGAAGAAUUCAAUGGAGACGGUGUACUGUCCAAGUACAACUCCGAAGGGCCAAUCGGGUAUGAGGGUUUCAGUCUGUUCAUGGAGACGUACCUCGAUGCAGAAGUGCCGGAGGAACUAUGCAAACAUCUGUUUCUGUCAUUUAUGAAGAAACCGUCGCCACAGACAGGCACUGUGGGUAAGGAAUUCCACGUUAAGGACGUUGCUGCGGUUACCGCAUCCCAAACCUUGUGUGCCCCCAUCAAUACCCAUAUCGGCCCCGAAUUCCUUUUGGAACGGGCCGAAAAACAUCACGGAUUUGCCGAAAAACUUCACGGACUUACCGAGAAGCUACAACUUCACAGCCUAACAGGGCACAAUCGUCAUGAUAGCGGGGAGUUGGGGCGGCGUAGCGGAGCAGGGUCAGCGUCCACAUCAACCCAUCCUUCUGUUGCCGUGACGACGAACAGCGGAACAGAGAAGCCCCUCGGGGAAUCUGACCCCGCCCCCGAGGGCAUCAACCAUUCACGCUCAUCCUCAAAGAAAUCCAACCACAGUGUUCAGACACAACACAAUGGUCACUCGAUGGACUCGAUUGACCCGUGGGUGCGACAGUCUAACUCCAGCUUACUGCGGGCCAGUACUGCUGUGGAACUGAAGUCUGUACGUAACCGGUCAACAAGUGCUGACAUCAAGUCUGGACACAUCUACCUGAAGGACCUUGUCUGUUACCUGUCUCUACUGGAGGCGGGACGACCGGAGGACAAACUCGAGUUCAUGUUCCGUCUGUAUGAUGCUGAUGGUAAUGGCCUGCUGGACUCAAGUGAGCUGGACGCCAUUGUUAACCAGAUGAUGUCUGUGGCUGAAUACCUUGGCUGGGACGUGUCCGAGCUCAAACCUAUUCUUCAGGACAUGAUGGUCGAGAUAGACUACGACUCCGACGGUACAGUCACACUGGAGGAGUGGAAGAGAGGCGGGAUGACCACGAUACCGCUCCUGGUCCUUCUAGGUCUCGACUCGAAUGUAAAAGAUGAUGGAAACCACACCUGGAGACUGAAGCAUUUCAAUAAGCCCGCCUACUGUAAUCUCUGUCUCAACCUACUGGUGGGGCUGGGCAAGCAGGGAUUAUGUUGUACAUUUUGUAAAUACACUGUACACGAGAGAUGUGUUCAUCGUGCACCCGCCUCCUGCAUCACGACGUACGUCAAGUCGAAGAAAACCUCGCAGGGGGAGCCGGAGGCUAUGACCCACCAUUGGGUUGAGGGCAACUGUUCCGGAAAAUGUGACAAGUGUCGUAAGUCUGUAAAAAAUGGUGUUACGGGCCUUCACUGUCGCUGGUGUCACACAACGUUACAUAACAAAUGUGCAUCACAAGUAAAGCCUGAAUGUGACCUUGGAAUUAUGAGGGACCACAUUCUACCACCCACCUCUAUAUGUCCUGCUGUACUGGAACGACAAAGGGCGGGGUCAGCGGGAGGGAAGACAGACAAGAAAGGAGUGACGCGGACAAACUCCACAACAUUCGACGUGUCUGGUACCACGCCGGGUCAAAACUCAUUUCAAGUUACACCUGUCCAAGGUAGUCAUCCUGUCCUAGUGUUCAUCAACCCCAAAAGUGGGGGCAAGCAGGGUACCAAGAUUUUACGAAAAAUGCAGUACCUGUUGAAUCCGCGCCAAGUACACGACAUGAUAAAACAAGGCCCAAUGCCGGGGUUACAGUUCUUCAAGGAUGUGCCGGGAGUGCGGAUUUUGGUUUGUGGAGGAGACGGCUCUGUCGGCUGGCUUAUAGAGGCCAUGGAUAAGCUGAACUACAAAGAGCGACCUCCUGUGGCUGUGCUUCCCCUGGGGACAGGCAAUGACCUCGCCCGCUGUCUACACUGGGGUGGCGGUUACGAGGGUGAAAACCUGAUCAAGGUCCUCCAGAGGAUCGAGCAUGGUACCUCGGUGAUGAUGGACCGCUGGCAGAUAGAGUUCAGCAAGCCGGAGGAGGGGGAGGAGGAGGAGGGCGACCCCAUUCCAUACAACAUUAUCAACAAUUACUUUUCCAUAGGUGUAGAUGCAUCCAUUUGUCAUAGAUUCCAUGUAAUGCGUGAGAGGCAUCCUGAAAAAUUUAAUAGCAGGAUGAAAAAUAAACUGUGGUACUUUGAAUUUGGAACGUCCGAAACAUUUGCAGCAACCUGCAAGCAUCUUCAUGAAGAUAUAGAUAUUAUGUGUGAUGGGUACUCCCUGGAUCUGGCCAACGGGCCGCGACUCGAGGGUAUCGCUCUACUAAAUAUUCCAAGCAUAUAUGGCGGCACCAAUUUAUGGGGAGAUAAUCCUAGCCAGAAAAAGCGACGGAAAGCACAGAAAGCAGCGAAAAAAGACAAAGACAAAGAGUUUUCCACCAGUAGCAUGUCAUCUGCAGAACUAGCCAUUUCAGUUCAAGAUGUCGGUGACAGUAUGAUCGAGGUAGUCGGGCUGGAGAACAGUAUGCACAUGGGUCAGGUGGUUGCCGGACUUCGAGCCUCGGGUCGGCGACUUGCUCAGUGUGGACAGGUUGUGAUCAGAACGAGGAAACGAUUUCCCAUGCAAAUAGAUGGCGAACCCUGGCUACAACCUCCGUGCACGAUAAACAUCACUCAUAAAAACCAAGUCCCAAUGAUGAUGGGUCCCGCUUCCAACAAAAAGUCUUCACUUUUCAAAAUGUUCAAGAAAUAAAGAAAACCUACUCAGUAUAACCGUACAGAACGGAGCACACCAAUAAAACUAUGGCAGCAGUAUUUAUUUUGUCGACCGUCAGAAGCCUGAUGCUUCUCCAGUGUCCAGCCUGUGGCUGCUCUCAUAAUUCAUCGUCCGGCCAGUGGUCACUCUACCGAACCGUCGUGGCCACUGCCCCCCAGUGGCCAUACCAUAACUCCAUCGUCCAGUCAAUGGUCACUCUACCUCAGGUGAUCAUUUCCGUUACUAUUGCGUCAGGCAGACGUGUCCGAACUCGCCUGUAAGCUGUUGUAGAACCUGGUCACUAUGCCUCAGUUGUCAGUUGAUCUGGCCUGAACUUUGACCACUCUUCCAUCGUGCUCAUUUACCUCAGCGGUCACUGCCCCACAGUGACCUUAAAACACCCUCUCCAUCCUUCAGUUAGUGCAUGGUCUCAACAGAGCAUGACCAUGUCAUCUCGACAAUGUUCCGUUCCGAAAAUCUCAAUACAAUGUGUUUCCCAAUAUUGCAGCCACGCGAAUCCGGAAGCCACACUUACUAACACUUACCAUAGGCCUUGCGGUGACCACAGAGUUUAGUUGACAUUUUUAAUACAAAAUUCCUGCCGUAUGGUGGAACGUACAUGCCCUUGGCAAAGUAAAUGUUCUGUUUGACCAGUACUGGUGUUGUGAUAUAUUAAAGUACCAGCAUCGACUAACAUUUCCUGCACCACCUUCGAGACUCUCAUUCUAAAAAGACAUGAUUCACCCCUCCCAUAUAUACCUACACGUCAUCCCACAUGUACCUAUCCUAUGACAACCAUUCCCAAAAAUAUAGUGGAUCGGGGUUAUAUUUCUAUCAUUUCUCCUUGUUUGCGUACGUGUGAUACGAAUUAGAUUUUCCCCAUAUGAAGUGGUAUCCCUUAGAAUUCCUGGUGACAAAUUGGAAUCGGUGACUUCAUCCGAGUUCGAGUUCAACAACCGUCAUUAUUUGUAAAUAAGACUCCCAAAUUUUAUGGUGAAAAGUAAAUCGGAUGUUAUCAUGAUGUUUCCCUGGAAAGCGAACAGUCUUUAUAUUUAUCAUCAGAACUGAUUAUCGUUCGGAGUACAGUUCAAUCUGUUGAACAAAGGAUCACUGACAAGUUAUUGUCCUUUGUAAUCAAAGAUACCAGAGUCUGUAAAUAGCUUUGAUCAAAAUAUAAGAGAGCUCCCUUAUCCAGCUUCAUAGAAGAUUUCAACUGCCCAUAUAUAGGCAUAUACCCCAAAGGAUAGAGGAAGUCCACUUAUCAAAAACCAUAGAAGGAUAAAUCAAGGAGCGACAUCUAAUUCCGUCUUUGCGUAUUGCAGAGUUAUCUUCUCUUGGGAGCAGGUGUUGAUUGUUACGUCACUUGUUUGUG